GAAACCAUUGCGCAGCUUCCCCGUACGAGUCUUUUCAGCAGCCUUUUCGCUCGUGCUGCUCAGGCGGUGAAAAUUUGAAAGAUGGCUCGGGGCGGAAAAGUCAUCCACGACAACCACUUCAGGAAGCAUUGGCAGCGUCGUGUCCGAACAUGGUUCGAUCAACAUCAGAGGCACAAGAGGAGGGCGAUCAAACGUGCGAAUAAGGCCCGUACAAUCGCUCCCAGACCCACGAGCCUGUUGCGACCGAUCAUCACCUGCCCCACGCAGAAGUACAACACCAAGCGUCGUCUUGGACGUGGAUUCACUCUCGAAGAGCUGAAGGGAGCCAGUCUGACUGCCAACUUCGCUCGCACCAUCGGCAUUGCCGUCGAUAUCCGCCGUACCAACAAGUCGGUCGAAUCCUUGCAGAGAAACGUCGCUCGUCUCAAGAACUACCGAUCGAAGUUGAUCUUGUUCCCGAAGAAGGCCGGCAAGCCCCAGAAGGGAGACUCCACGGCCGAGGAGAUCAAGCUCGCCCAGCAGCUCCAAGGCGUAGUGUUGCCCAUCAAGCGAUCGGUCAUCUCGACCGAGGCUCCUCGCGUACCGACUCAAGAAGAGAAGGACUUCCGUGCCUAUAACGCGCUCCGCUUCGCACGUCACUCCAAGCGAGUUGCCGGACCUCGAGCCAAGAAGGCCAAGGACGAAGCAGAAGCACUCGAGGCGAAGAAGUAAAUGUUUCAAUAAAUUCGAUGUUUAUUGAA